AAAACAUCUUAUUUCAAUAGCAAUAUCUCCUCAAAAAAUUAAAAAAAAAUCAUCUUCACAAUUCAAUUUAAUUCCCUCUCUUAGCUUUCAACUAUCAUCCCUCAUUUGGAUGUUGUUGUUUGCUUAAGAAGAAAAAACAAGCUAAGCUCGACUCAACCAUUUGUUUUAAUCUUUCCUACUAUGAGCAUCAAGAUGGCAAAAGAGGCACAACAACAUAGUAUCCCACUACCCCCACCACUACCCCCAACUAAGAUGGGGAUAGUGAAACAAGGCAUAGUGUCUAUUCUUGGAACAGACACUGAAAAAAGAAACAAAGGUGUAGCUGCUUCAAUUAGGAGAACUCUUUCAGCUGAUAUGUCAUCAAAAAAAUGGCUAUCACAAAAUGGUUUCUCUCCCAUGAAGAAAAUUGCUUCAUCAAAAGAACUUGAUGUUCUUGGACAAGAUGAGAUUUGGAGAUCAAUUCAAAAUGGUGGUAGCAAAACAUCAAAUGAUGCUUGGAGUUCCAUUUUAAAUCAAAAGAAUGAAGAAUCAUCCACACUUCCACCUCCUUAUAUUCAUCCUCUUCUGAAAAAAUCAUCUAGCUCUUUAACCGAUAAAAGUCUUGAAAUUUGUACCGAAAGUCUUGGAUCAGAAACUGGUUCUGAAAUUAUUAGCCUUGAUCAUCAUCAUCUUCAGAAACAACAACAAGUAAAAGAAGAACUGUCCCCUCAAACAUUUGAGGAAUUUCCUGUUGUUAAGUUUCAUCAUAACAAAAAAUCAUCAUCUCCUCUUCUUCCAAAAUCAUUUCCUCCAACUAUUUCUUCCUUGGCUGCAGAGGAUAAUAAGCCCUCUGUUCAUAUGCAAUCUCACAGGCAGAAUGGAAGAUUGAUUGUUGAAGCUGUCUCUGUUCCUCCUCAGAACCAUUUUCGCGUUGAACGCGUUGAUGGUCGUCUUCUUCUCACCUUAAUCACCACUUCAUCAGAAAUUGAAACAGAGGAUGUUAUUGUACAUCAAGAUGAAUUUCAAGAAUUCGAACACAAUGAACCUGAUCGCGAUGAUGGAAAAGGAAAUGAUACAAAAGGGAUGCAAAUUGUGCUCGAGCGAAAAUCAAGAUUGUCAAAUGGGAGAAUGAAUGUGAACACAUCAACAUUGAUGAUGAAACAACUCAUGGGAGUAGUAAGCCUAGAGAAAAAGAAUAAGAAAUAUCCUAACAAGAUCCACAACAACUCAAUUAAAUUGAUUGAAGACGAAGAUGUAAUAGCCCCAAUCAUCCCGCAAUCACUCUCUACUCAUCUAAUCACACCUGAAGCAUCUCCAUUCAAUGCUUAUAACUAUUUCUGGAAGAAAAAUCCCAAUCCCAGUACUACUCCCAUAGCCAAAAGUACAACAAAGGUAGCAGAGCAGCAAGAUUUGGUGUUAAUGAGAGAAAACAAAGGGAACAUCAAUUAUUUGGUGCCUAUGUUGAAAGGGUGCAAAGAGCAGAGGAAGUCUCUACUCAUUUGGGAGCCUUAUUGCAUUGCAACAUCCUAAUAAUCAUCAUCAUUACUUGUCUAAUCCUAAUGUUUAAUUUAAUUAAUUAGAAAAAGAUCAUAACAUAUAAGCUUUUAAGUAUAGUAUAUCACAAAUAAAUGGGGUAACAUACUAUAAUAUAAUAUGUAAUGUAAUUUUUCCUCUCUUUGUAAGUUUUAAGUCUAGUAGUUUUUACUCUUUUGUUGAAAAAGAGUUUCCUUUAGCCAAAAUAAACACAGAGAGAGAGAUUAACUAUCAAUGUCUUUGAUUUUAGAGGAUUUGAACAAGGAAAACAUAGGGGAGUUCAUUUUAUUUAAGCUUAUAUAUGUGUGUUUUAGUUAAUAAUGAUGUUAUAAUAGAGCUACUAAUUAAGAUUAGACAAAACUCUAUAUUAUGAGCCAAGUUUGA